AUUGCACUCUGUCUGCCCACACCUUAAGACGGAAAACAAACAGCUCUCCUGCAAACACUCAUAACAACUGCAAUGGCGAAAUAGACGAGAGGGAAAGUGACAGAGAACGUAACAAUAAAAUAUUUCUUUAAGUAUUUUAUGAAGCCAUGAGCUCAGCUCAGCAACUGCUCCGGUCUCAGAGAGACUUGCUGCUGAACUGGACUCUAGACCACCCAGCACCGUUGCUGCGUUGGCUGCGUGAUGCUGAGGUGCUUUCCCCUGCCCACUACCUGUCUCUGCUGGAGAGGUCACCUUCCAAUGCCAUGGCCCAAGCUCUUGAGAUGGUGUGUGCCACUGAGGAGAGCAGCCAAAAGUUCCUGCAGGUGCUGAGAGAGGUGCAGGAUUAUUACUGCGAAGAUCUGCAGGCGUGGGUGGAGAGACACUGCAGGAAAGAUGCCAUCAGUAAGCCAGUGUCUGCACCUGUAAAAGUUGAAGAGAAGAAGCCUAAAGGCCCCAUUGCUAAACUGUUCAAAGGAAAGAGUAAGGGAUUUACCCUGGCUACUGAGGUUCAAGCUAAAGAAGAACUGAAACCUAGCAGGAGUGUAAAGCCGGCCAACAUCCGAGUUCCCAUUUCUGCCCACAAAACAACUCUUCUGAAGCGCACAGAGCAGUUGAAGUGUUACUCAGAGGGUGAGGGAGUGACCUCGAACUCAGCUUCUCACAUCGAGAUCCGCUACACUGACCUUUUUGUGACAGAGGAUGAUGACUCAGUUGAAAGCAGCCAACAUGAGUACUUUGACCUGGCAAGCAGACGAGCUCGCAUCUAUGUCCAUCAGGCUUGCCAGCGCAUUCGGCCGUGCCAUCUCUUGGAACCCCAAGGAACGUCGGGGCGGCCCCCAAAAAGGGUUAAAGUGAAGGGUAUUGCUGGUAUCGGAAAGAGCGUAGCAGUGCAGAGACUAGUCUUUGAGUGGGCGAUUGGGAAGAACAUGCGUGAAUUCACCUGCAUUUUUGACCUGCGCUUCAGAGAGCUCAAUCUGAUUGAAGCACCACUGAGCCUACUGGAGCUACUUGGAGAACGUUUCCGGUACCUGAAGGCAGCUCUACCUGAUCUUUUUGCCUCACCAAGCUCUUUGCUCUUCAUCUUAGAUGGAUUAGAUGAGUUCAAAUUCCCCUUGGACUGGAACAGUCCUGACAAAAACAUUGACAUUCACUCGGAGGUGCCAGUGUCAGAGCUAAUGGUGGCUUUGAUCAAGGGAAGCCUACUCCCAGAAGCAUCAGUCAUCCUCACGACAAGACCAUCCACUGAAGCUCCCAAGCGUUUCUUCCAGAGAUGUUGUGUGGUGCUGGGCUUUGAGGAGGACCAGGUGAAGGAAUACACCACCAAGUUCUACAAAGACAAAGAAGUUGCUGAAAAAGUCUACAAUUACAUCUUGCACAACGACAACCUUUUUGUGCUGUCCUUCAUCCCUCUUUAUUGCUACAUCAUCUGCACUGCUAUGGCUGAGUUCUUCUCAGGAAAUCAAGAUGUUGCUGACUCAAAGUCUCUGGAGCUAAACCCACCCCGAACAGUCAGCGAGGUUUACUUCUGCUACCUGUUUACAGCAAUCAAGCACCAUGCGCUGAAGGGGAGUGCAGAAAGAAGCACCCCAAGAUCUGAGGUUCUCUCACUAGCAAAGCAACAACUGACAAACCUGGGAAAACUGGCUUAUGAAAACCUUCUACAGAAAAAGAUCAUGUUCAACAGAGCAGAUUUGGAGAAGUAUGGUGUUACACCUGCUGAUCUUCAGAGCACCUUUCUCUGCCACAUCCUCCAGCCUCUCAAAGAGGAAACAGUGGAGAUGUUUUCUUUCUUCCACCUGACUGUUCAAGAACAUCUGGCUGCCCUCUACUGUGCAAUCAAUCUCUUCAGCCAGGAGGACAUAAUCCAAGCUCUGGACUUCUGGUGCUUUGGGGUACAUCCACCAUCCUCCCGAGCUGCACCCCUGCAAAACACAGACCUCAACAUGGACAAGCUGGAGAGCCUCCAGAUGUUCACACGCUUCUUCAUGGGAAUGCUCCGAGCUCGGCUCGCAGGUCAGUUGGAUGGCCUUGUUCUUUCCCCCAUGGAGCAACUGGACAGCAUCCCUGCCAGGCUGGGUCUGUGGUUUCAAGACCAGUUUAAGGGUAGGGAGCUCCAGAACCAGGCUGCCCUCAAUCUUCUCCACUGCCUGAUGGAGUUCCACAUGAAGGAAGCCACCAGCAUGGCCGCACCAGAGAUCAAGAAACUCAACCUGUUUAAAAUGAAGCUGAGUGUUGUGGACUGUGCAGCCAUGCACUAUGUGCUGCAGUUCUCUCCACACAAGCUGCAGGAGCUCAACUUGGGCUAUUCCAACAUUGGAAACAGAGGACUAAACAGACUGGGGCCAAUCCUACACCGCUGUGAAUCUCUCUAUUUGAGAUACAACUGCCUGGAUAGGCAAGCAGCUAUUUUAGAAUCUGCAGUUCUGAAAUCGAAUGAGUGCCAAGUGAAGAAGCUCUUUAUGUGUGGCAAUAACCUGGGUCCAGAGGGGGUUUUGGAGCUGUGGAACGCUCUGGAGCACAACACCACUGUGGAGGAACUCUAUCUGGACAUCACUGGCAUCACAGAGAGAGGAACAGAAAACAUUGUCAACUGCCUCAGCAAAAACACCUCUCUGAAGACACUGACCAUUGUUGGGAAUGACAUCGGAGAGGUGGGAAGAAGGAGGCUGAAGAAGCUGCAGCAAUGUCGACCGGGACUUCGGAUUAUUGCAAACUUCGUGGAAGACCUUGGAUUACUUCAGGCCUACCUGGACUGGGUGGAGGAGAUCCGAGCAGACAGAGACCAGAUGGACUCGGUGAAGAAUGCAGACGCCCUGCAGUCGGUGCUGAAGGGGCUCCAGGUGGCAGGAGAACAGGUGGAGAAAGGAGAGAAUGCAGAGAAAGCCAAGGAGCUCCGGACAAAUAUUUUGGAGCUUCUGAAGUCUUCUAAAAAUCUGGCUGGAGGAAGACAGGUUAUGUAGCAAUUUAUGUGCAAUGGUUGGUGGCUCUAUUUGCAGCACCCACCAUGAGUCAAUUUACAUUCUGACUUCAGUCUGUAAAGAAAAUUCAUUUUAAUCCUUAUGUUGUACUUGUGCUGACCCGAGCCCUCUUUAAUGACACCAAAAACACAGUCAGAAUUGUUUAAUCAGCUUGAUUCUUUAUGACUUCAAAUCUGAUUAUAACUGCUAACACACAUGAUUUUAAACCUAUGACAUGUUUCAAAUGUAAUCUACGUUCUGUUUCUGUUCCCAGAGACUCCAGCUUCUGACUAGCCCUUGACUUGAAUUGUUAUACACAAUCUAUACUUUACUAUGGCACAAUUCCUCUUUUUUUUCAUUCUAUGUUUCUAAUUACAUAAAGUCUGUGUGGCAAUAACCUGGGUCCAAAACAGGGUUGGAGCUGUGGAACGCCCAAGACUGAAGAUAAUGAAGCAUACAGAAAAUGACGCAUCAUUUUGUGUUCAGCUGUAAAACAUGGUUAGGUAUUCUUCUUCUUUCUUCUUUCUUCUUCCGAGGAAAUCAUACUUCCCAUGGGUGAAAACUCAUCAAACUUUGCACAAAGGUCCAGUCUAUCCUCAGCUGUAAACUCAAGCCAGUAGUCCUGAUGGUGGCGCUACAGCAAGUGUCUAAAGUUCAAAACUGAAAAUUCAUAACAAAUCAACCAUAUGUGCUACAACUUCACAACUUUCAUCAAACUGUAGCCCCAAUACUGAAGAAACUUUUGUACAUUUAAACCUAUUAAAAAUUAUGAAGUUCAUCACUCUGUUUUGUUUUCAAAAACUGUAAAACUUCUUAAACCUAUCUCCUCGCACAAUUUUUUGCUCAAUUGACACCAAACUUGCUACAGAGCAUCUUCAGACUGCCCUACAAAAACUACGCUUCUCAGAUUUUUGAUGUAUCAAAAAUUGAGCCGACAGUGCAUCAAAAUGUUUGACUGUAAACGGUACUGUAAACAUAUACAUGCAAAUUCUUGCUAAUAGAAUCUUCAAUGUUCAUGAAAAAAAGACAAAACUCUAGAGUCAUGGUAGAUGAUGUGUGGCAAAUUUCAGAAUUUUAUCUCAAAAACUGAAUUUUUGACAGCAUUUUGAAUUUUGCUCUAAUGUGAACAAUUGGAGUCAAUGUAAAAAUGGCAGUUUUAAACAUCAGUUUUUCAUUUAUGGAGCAAAUCAAUCAUUGUUACAAACAAAUUAACAACAUCUCCAUGCUGUCUAGAUGCAAUAUGUGUAUUUUCAGAUUUUUUACAGUGGUUUGAAAUCUGCUUUUCCUUGCAUGGACGGCUGCUAAACCUGCACGUCUGGCUUAGUCAGUUUGCGAAGCUACACGUGAAUUGUCACUGACUAAUUAGCUCAGUGAGAUAGAAAUUGAUUCUUAGUCUCAGAGGUUGUGAGUUCAAGCCUCAGCUGAUGCAAAAGGCAGAUUGUGUUGCUAAAUUCCUAAAUGUCUUCCAAUUCUUCUGCUUGUUGCUCAAAAUUGCCUAUAUAUAUAAUCUAUAUUUGUGAUUGCUGUUCAAAGUACUUCACAUGCAGCACUACAGCUCCCAGAUCCCAAAUACGUGUUUUCAGUUAUCUGUGAUGACAGUUUGUUCAUGAGAGGUAGAGCUCUCUGGGAUUUAUUUUAACCAAAACUAUAACAAACCACAUAGAAUUACAUAUUGUUAAUUUUGUCAAACAAAUGUAUUACGUACAUAUUUGUUCUACAAAGCCCAUAUUACAUUUCAAACAUGAAUAAAACUGCUAGAAUAAAUGUUGG